GCAGCAGCAGAGCAGCAGCCUCCUCCACCUCACAUGGAGCUCAGUGGCUCGGCACAGCUGUUUCACUGAAAAUGGAUGCCAACAUUGUCGUAAUGGGGACAGAGAGUGUUGGAAAAUCAGCACUGACAGUUCGACUCUUAACUCGGAGAUUCAUUGGAGAGUAUGGAGACAUUGAGUCCAUCUACAGUCACAGUUUUAUUUUAGAUGGGAGAGAAAUCACUCUUAAUAUUUGGGAUUCACCUUGUUCUGAGGAUUCAUCUGUGGAGACGUCACACUUUGAGAAGAAGGUGCAGUGGGCCGACGGCUACAUUCUUGUCUACAGCAUCUGUGACAGGGCCAGUUUCAACACCGUCAGCAAGCUUAUUCAGACAAUCAAGUCCACCAGAGACUUCCUGAAUGCAGACAAAGCGCCCAUAGUGAUUGUGGGUAACAAGAGGGACCUGCACCACAGACGGACAGUGCUGAGCGAGGAGGGCCGGCUCCUGGCUCUCAAUACAGACUGCCACUUCUACGAGGUGUCAGCAGCUGAGAACUACCACAGCGUGCUCAUGGUGUUUCAUGGGCUGGUGGACAGGAUGAAGGACGCCAAGGUGACCACAAAAAAGCCACUGAGGUUUAAGGGGAUAGUGAAAAGCAUGUCUGCAGUGUUUGCCAGAAGACGGACAGACUCCUUUUAGAAAGACAAAAGAGGAAGGAUUUAUCUUUGAAUCUGCAUAAGAGAUGUGUAUUCCACUGAAGUCAGUGAAAUAGUGUCACAUGUUGUGGUGCCGAAGAAAUGACGUUGCUACCUCUGCAGAGGCACUGACACUGCACAGAUUGGAGCCGCUUUUCAGUGAAAAGUGUGGUAAAGACUUCAGAGAAGAUCGAAAGCCAUUAAGCCGCAGAAAACACAGAGACAAAACAAUGUGAGAGAGGUUACAGAUGUGUUGUGAUGUUAGCUGCACUUCAAGCGAGGUAACUUUGAUGAAAAUACAAAAAAUAGUCAUUAUACAGAAACUUGACAUGUAAAAUACUCUUAUGUAUGCAGUAUAUUUGAGCUGCAUUCUAUGUUUUACCAGCUAUGGCCUCAGAUCGGAAAACAUGCUAUGCACAAAUAAAAUGUGCCUUUAUGUAUGAUGUAUACACCAAAGAUAAUAAAGUGUCAAGACUGAGAAAAAAAACUCUUUAAACCACAAGUUACAUUUUUGAAUUGUGGGGAAAUGUUAACUUAACAUUAUCCAGUUCAGUCCUGCUGCCAUUAAUUCUGAUUAACCUGUGAUUGAUUUUACUGAAUUAAAGAGAAAAGAGAAGAAAUGCUUUGAAAGUAAAAUAUACCUAUUUGUAUUUAUUAAAGUCUAAACACUGUAAAGUCAGAGAGCAAACUUGUUGCUUUCUAUAUUUAUGUUCUUUAUGUUUAUGUCCAUUGAUUAUGUGUCAUGUACUGUUUUUGUCUAAACCUUGUUUUAGUGUUGAUAGGGAUUGAAAUAAAGUAUAAA